AGCAGAAACAUAUAAAUUCAGCAACCGGUUUCUGUAGAGACGGAGAGAGCCGCUAUCGAUCUGAGAUUCAGUGCCCGGCUGGGAAACUGACCAAGGACCAGAUUGCUACAAACUACCCCACAACAGCCCAACUCCGCUUCAAAGGAACACACACUGUGCAGCGAAAUUGAGGCGGCGCAAGGAAGCUAAGAUUCACUCCCCCCCCCCCCCCCCCUCUUACUUCUCCCUCUGCCUCUGGUCCGCAUUUGGACUUGUCGCAAGUUCCAGACCCAGCCCAUUAAGUGUUUGGCGUCAGUCUGUUGCUUGAGCCCGACCAUUCCUCAAGACAUGAGUCCUUGCCACUCCUGGAUCCUAUUUGCCACAUUAAUAGCCUUGGUGCAAGACUCAAGCUGCCGGAAUUUGCCCAAUGCCACACAUUUCGAACGUUUGCUCAAAAACUUCCACUCCAGAGCCAAGAGAUCCAUCUCCCAGAUUGACAAAGAUGAGAUUUUGCAGCUUCACAACCACCUGAGGGGAGAGGUCUAUCCUUCAUCCUCCAACAUGGAAUACAUGGAAUGGGAUUAUGAAUUGGAACGGUCUGCUGAGAGCUGGGCCCAGCAAUGCAUUUGGGACCAUGGUCCUUCCCAUUUGCUCAAGUCAAUAGGUCAGAACCUGGCAGUACACUGGGGAAGAUAUCGUUCUCCAGCUUCUCAUGUCCAAGCUUGGUAUGAUGAAGUCAAAGAUUACACAUACCCAUAUGUACAUGAAUGUAAUCCUUGGUGCCCUGAAAGGUGUUCUGGUGCAAUGUGCACCCACUACACACAAUUGGUGUGGGCAACAACAAACAGAGUUGGCUGUGCUGUUAAUGUCUGUGGAAGAAUGAACGUAUGGGGAGAAAUUUGGGAGAAUGCUGUCUACUUAGUCUGCAAUUAUUCCCCAAAGGGAAAUUGGAUUGGAGAAGCUCCCUAUAGACACGGUCGGCCAUGCUCAGAGUGCCCACCCAGCUAUGGUGGAGGCUGUAAAAAUAAUGUCUGCUACAAAGACAAUGGAGAGAUAAGACGACAGCAUGAACAAACCAAUGAAGUGGAGCCUCCCCAGAUCAAUACAGAUGCAUUAAACCCAUGGACAGUGCUAUAUUCCCAACCACAACCACAGCCAAAGGAGGAACCUAACAGCAUGGAGUACAUGACUCAAGUCAUCAAGUGCGAAACUAAAAUGAGAGAUAGAUGCAAAGGAACAACAUGUAACAGGUAUAUGUGCCCAAGAUAUUGUGAAUCAUCAAAGGCUAAAGUGAUUGGAACACUCUAUUAUGAAACGCAAUCCAGUAUUUGUCGGGCUGCAAUUCACCAGGGGAUUAUCAGUAAUGAAGAAGGCGGGCUUGUGGAUAUCACUCGAAGAGGAAAAAUCCCAUUUUUCGUUAAAUCUUCUCGAAAUGGUAUUCAGUCUCUGAGCAAGUUCAAGUCAGCAAAUGGAUUUAGCGUAUCCAAAGUGACUACUCAAACAGUUGACUGUUAUACUACAGUGGCUCAACUGUGUCCAUUCAGAAAGCCAGCUACUCAUUGUCCCAGAAUUAACUGCCCACCAAACUGUCUGGAUGAGUUUCCCUUCUGGGCACGGGUCAUCGGUAACAAAAUUUAUUCUGACAGAUCCAGUAUCUGUCGAACAGCGGUACAUGCUGGUGUGAUUAAGAACCACAUUGGAGGACUUGUGGAUGUGAAACCAGUGGAAAAGAAGAACCGAUACACAGCAGCCUCCAAAAAUGGAAUUCAGUCAGAGAGUAUAAAAAAUCCUCCUGAUGGGAAGGCUUUCAGAAUAUUUGCUGUGGCAUGAGUUAAAAAUCAAUUGUGAGAGAACUCUUCUGGGUUUGUUUAACUGAUUUCCGAGGACAGAAAGCACGAGCAAAAUAAACAUGAACAAAAACUGUGCACACUUGACAAUAAUGAUCACCUUCAUCAUAUGAAGAAUUAAACAACAUUCUCAGAUUCCAUUGUUGCAUCUCAUCUGCCAAAAAGAAAUGGACUCUCGUUUGAACAUUCCUAUCGUUUUUUUUUGUACAUAAUAAAUUUAAUAUUUUGUUUAAAGGCAGAAAUAUAGUUAUUUACAGCAGUGCUGGUAAGUCUAUAACUUAAAAUUGCUCGUUAUUAAUAGAGUUUGUAUUUACUCUUAGUUUGAAAUAUAUUUUGGUGCAAUCUAUUGGAACUAGGAUUUUGUGUGUCUCUUUUAUAUUUGUUUGCUUCACUGCGAAUUGGCUCAGUACCAUGUGUGUUCAUUUUGUGAAACAAAUUCUUGAGAACAGUUAAAGGGAAAGCCUUUAGGACUUCAAAAAGGUUUUACACUUUGAUAGCUUUUCCUUUAGUUGCAAGUACACAGGAUAUGAAGCCUGGUAAAUAUUGGUGCACAUCCAGGCUAGUUUACCAAAAUGUUAAUAACACUAAUUCCAUUUGCCCAGCUAGUCUACAGUGACUUUCCUUUGAAGAUAUUUGAAGCCUGAGUUGAACCUCCAAAGUUAUUAGCAUGGCAUUUGGCUUGAAUGAUUUGAAGUGACAAAUAACCAGUUGUGCUAAAGGUUAUUGUAUCAUGUAACUGUAAGAUUCUAAUGUAUGUAAACUCUAUUCUCAGUCUAUGAACUCAGAGAAAUUGUAUCUUUGUAACCUGUACUUACAUCAGAAUAUGCCUCGAACUGUCAGAUAUCCACAGGCUCAUUUUUGAACUUGCCGACCAAGAGGUCAUGAUAUUAUUAAUAGCACAGCCACGGCACAUGAUUUGAGU